GUGAGGAACGAGUUUUACAAGGACACUCAGGGCGUCAUCCUGGUCUACGACGUGGGGCAAAAGGAGUCCUUCGAUGCGCUGGACGCGUGGCUGGCUGAGAUGAAGCAGGAGCUGGGUCCCCACGGGAACAUGGAGAACGUUGUCUUCGUUGUCUGUGCGAACAAGAUCGACUGCGCGAAGCACCGCAGCGUGGAUGAAAGCGAGGGACGGCUCUGGGCGGAGAGCCGGGGCUUCCUUUACUUUGAGACCUCGGCACAGACAGGAGAAGGAAUCAACGAGAUGUUUCAG